AUGCCGAUCCUCAAUCGAGUGGUCAAAGGCGUAGCAGCCAGCGUUGGCCUGGCCUCGGAGAGCAUUACGGCCUACAACACACACCGGCGCAAAGAAGCCCCAAACUCCCCUACCACCACUGACACAACAGAGACCGACAGCUCAGACGAAAAUACACCAGAACACUCCACAUCCACAGAGAGCCAGCUGGAGAUUCAAUGGGAACUCGACGAAGCCCAAGAAGAACUAAACAGCGGAGUCCUCAACCGCCAUGAAGCAGAGCCCACCGAGCAACUGGCAGAGUCAUUCCUGCGCAGAUACUUUUCUGCCCCAGAAUCCUCAUCCAUUGCACCGCAACGCCUCCCAUAUCCGGUGGUCAUCCCCCAGCGCCGACCCAAGUCUCGCAAGCGCGGCUUCAUCCGGGCCUACGCGCCCAUUCUCCAGGAUCUCGGCAUCGACCAGACCACCUUCAUUGACUUCAUAGACACGGCCAACGCCUCGUGUCAGGGAAGUCCCUGGCUUCAGGCCAUCAAUCUCGCCUCAAUCGGGACGUUUUUCAUCCCCAGCGCCACGGCGUUUGCCGUCUCCGCCAUGAUCAACAUCACCACACAGGUGGCGAUUGCAGCGGAUGGACGGAGGAAGUCCAAUGCGUUCUUCGAUCAGAUCAACGAAAACUUCUUCCGUCCGCGCGGGCUGUACUGUCUGGUGAUGACGUGGAAGCCGGAAUCCGCCGCGCCCAUUGCCACCUUCGAUUUGAGCUCGGCGAUUGUCACGUCCACCGAGCAAGGCGGUUCUGGCAUGCGAAACAAGCUGAAGCACGCCCUCAAGGCGUCCGACGGUAAGACGCACGGAACGCUUCCGUACUCGGAGACCGCGCCGCUGGUGUUCCCCGAUCUUGAUGAGCUGGAAGCACACGGCGGCGACGCCCAGGCGAAAUUGAAAGCAAUGAAGACCCGCAAGGAGUUUGUGGAAGAUUACUGGGACCGAAGGGAGCGGGCGAAAUUCGUAGGACCCAUCGCCGUACCACUUGAAAUACUUCGAUCAAUUAACCUGGAUAGAUGA